AUGCCGGAUCAAGAAUCUCCGAUAGCACAGGAAAUGAAUACGCUGCAUGUUGGCUCACUUACUGAUGGUACGAAUAUUGGAAAUGUAGAGCGAGCUAGAGACACGCUAAAUGAGCAAACCAGCGAGGAAGGAGAAACAGAGAUAGGAUCCAGGCAAGAAGAAGACGACAUAGAGGAUGAGGGAAGUAGUAGUGGAGAAAAUAGUGCGACGGAAAGGCUAGUGCCACACCAGCUGAGAGAGCAGGCCGCUAGGCAUAUAGGAAGAAUAGGAAGGCAUUUCAAUAUACUUGAUAGGCUUUUUAAGAAACACACACAACAGUCUUCGGAUUUACAACAAGGGGCCAUGUUUGAUGGUGUGUUCAGUAAUUUGAGCGCAAAACCAGAUACCACGCAGGCCGAGCAUCGCAGCGAGCAAGAUAUACCACCCACGUAUGAUGAAGCAGCUGCUGAUAUGGCGCCCUCUUACUAUGGAAUGGACUUGAAUAAUUCGGAUAUAUACUACGAUGAAAUAUGCAUUGAGGGGCUCCCUGUAGGAAACAUAGCCAAUUUACUUUGGAACAUCAUUGUGAGUACGAGUUUCCAAUUCAUUGGGUUUUUGAUAACAUAUAUUUUACACACAUCACAUGCGGCGAAACAAGGUUCGAGAUUCGGACUAGGGUUAACGUUCAUUGGGUAUUGUUAUUCGAUGAUUCCUAAGAAUGUCACCUCAAAAGUCGGUAAAAAUAAAAGUUUAAAUAGAAUGGAAUUAUCGGAUCCAAACGAAUUUGAUAAUGUUCGUCUAAAUUCACAAUCAACGACGCAGGAUAAUUUCGAAUCACAUCUAAAUCAUGGUUUAGAUGAAGAAAAGCAAAACACGCCGUGGUUGGCUGUCCUUGUAGGACUUCUAGGUGCAUUCAUUACUCUUAAGAGUAUAUAUGACUACAUUCAAGUUAAAAAAAUGGAGAGAAAGUAUCUCAACCAGGGUCAAAACCAAGCAUAG